AUAAAACUAAAACAACGGUCAACGGCCAACGCAAACGGCUAGUUUUUAAAUUGAAAUUCAUACAAAUAUUUAUGUUUUCGUGUUUAAUUUAAAUAAGCUGUAAAUAAAUAAGAUUUAAUAAUAUAAGGCUUAUUAUCAACAAGAAAUUAUAACUAGUUCUCAAACUAUACUUAAUUUAUAUAAUGGAAAACAAACCUAAGUUGGAGCCAUUAAAAUUGGCAGAGUGGGCGCAGAAUUCUGCAUUCUUUGCGAAAGCCGUCGAACUUAUUUCAGAGACAAAGCGCUCGAAGCAGUCGGACUCUGAAUCAAAUCCAAAAGUCAGAUUUAAUCCUAUUCCUCCUUCUCAAUUACAUUUAAGUUUUCAAGCAUUAAAAUCCAGUGGCAUUGGACAGACACCAGUAAGACCAGUUACCUCAAUAAAAAAAAAGAACUGGAACUCCUCUGUUAAUAUUGUUAGUAAAGAACGAAGUAUGACAGAGAUAAAAUCUAAGGCUAAGGCAACUAAUACAUGGAAAACUGUUGUUGAAAAAGCAACACCACCAUUACAAACAUUUAAAACCUCAAAAGUAAAGAAAGAAGGAUCAGUUUUAAAUAAUGAAAUUAUGUUAAGUGGAAUAAAAAGAAUUCCCAUCACACCUCAGAGAAAAGAAAUAGUACCAAACAAGUUACAAAUAAACACACCUAAGAGCAUUCUGAAAAAAAAAGUUAUUCAAAAUACACCUCUCUCAACUACAUUUCAAAAAUCCUAUGAUGGCGAUGCUACAUUUCUUCGUAUUGAAAAGGAAGUUGAUGAUUUGGUGCAGGAAAAGGAAAUAGAAAAUGACGUUAAUAUAAAUGUUGCAUUACCAUCAUCUACACCUUUUAAGGCUUCAAAUGUUUUAGAGUACUUUCCAACAUCUGAUGCUGAUUUUCUUCAAAAGGACAAAACUAUUCUAGACAUUAGUAAUGUGAGUGAAAAUGAGAACCCGGUUGUGGCUCUAUGUGAUGCAUUUCAGAAGGCACUCAUUUCACAUGCCUGUCCAAAAACAGACUUGAAACAAGAACGAGGAUCCUUAAUAAGUGUCAUAGGGGUUGCUCUGAAACAUAUACAAGAAAUAGAAGAAUAUGAAAAAGAAAACGCAGUUAAUAAUAGCAGAAAACAAGUAAUGGGUAUUAGUUCAACAGAUUUCUGCAGGACGAAAUUACCAAAAUUUAAAAUACAAAAAAAAAUUGUCUUCCAAAAUUCCCCCAAAAAAUGCCAUGUUUCUCCAAAAGUACAUAAAGAUGCUUUAAAUGUGUAUAUGGGUCUAAAAAGAAAUUUAAAUUUUUUAAACACACCAAAGAUAGAUAAGACACAAAAUAAUGAAACUGACACUCCACUUAGAGUGAAGAAAAACCUGCGAUUCCAAUUAAAUAGAUUGUAUAAUGACAGUGAAUCAUAAAUAUCAUAUAAGAUUUUAGUGGGUGCGUUGCCAAUCUUUGAAAGAAGAGUAUAUAAUAUACUCUUUCUUUAAACAAUUGAUCGCAUGUCCCAGGGAAGACCGGGAGUCGAUUCCACAGUUCACUAAAGAAAGUGUCUUGUAUAACAUAACAACAAUAAUAUUAAAAUAGGUUAGAUUAAUAUAAAUAACACAAGAUUCAUUACAAUAAUAAAAUAUUUUAAAAAAUGUCUAUUGCCGAUAUUUAGUUAGUGUAUGUGACUGCAUAUCAUGUCUCGUGUUAAAACUCAAUUGUCCUGUGGAACAUGUAACACCUGCGCCUACUCUGGUAAAUCUGCCGUUCCAUAGUAAUUUGAUAGUUAUACAUAAUAUUAAAGCCACUUUAAUUCAAUACUGUUAAAAAUUACAAAUGACUGUUACUUUUGUUAUUAUGCUGCACAUUGUUCUUUUUGGAGUCGGUUAAAAAGUACAUUUGAGGCUUUACGAAUAUACUUGAGUACUAUAUUACAUUCUACGAUCAUGGCAAUUGUCGAUAGAAAUAUAACCAAGUCAGCAUAGAGAACAUAUGUAGCUGGUAAUAAAUUUUAUUACUUAUUUUAUUGUGACAGCGUCAUGUAGUCCAAUCUUAAGCAAACAAUACCUUGAUAAACUCAACGUUGGACGGACGGAAUCAAUAAGUGUAAUAAUAAUAACAAUUUUAUUCUAAGAUAAGCAUUUUCAGAUGAAACUAAAACGUUCAUAAUUUUAAAAUUAUUAUUACUACAGACUACGUAAGCAUUAAGAGAAAAUGCUAU